GGCAUGAGUAUGUGUAGAGUGUGCGCACAUCUCUCUCCCUUAUUUGUCUCGGUGUGCGUCUCUCCCUUACCCUCCCCCUGCCUCAAAUACAUUAUUCCCCCAGACUUGGAAGCCGCUCCCAGAGCUGACGCUUUGAUGGUAUCUGCAAGCGUUUGUGCCGAUCUUAUUUCUGCCCCCUGAAUAUUAAUUCCCAAAGCUGAUGGCAAUACAGCUCCCCACUGUCGGGACCUACUAGAGGCAGGUGGGGGGAGCCACCAUCAGAUCAUAAGCAUAAUAAUAAUACAAAGGGGAGGGAUUCUUCUGCAACCAAGAGACUAGAGGCAGAGGAGAAAAAAAAAAAACCAAAAACGAUGAGUUCGACAAAUACAUGGAGCACAGGAAGCUCAGACUACUCGACUCCUGUAUUUUCACAGAAAAUGACGGUGUGGAUUCUGCUCCUGCUAUCGCUCUACCCUGGCCUCACUAGCCAAAAAUCUGAUGAUGACUAUGAAGAUUAUGCUUCUAACAAAACAUGGGUCUUGACUCCAAAAGUUCCUGAAGGUGAUGUCACUGUCAUUUUAAAUAAUCUCCUGGAAGGAUAUGACAAUAAACUUCGGCCUGAUAUAGGAGUGAAACCAACAUUAAUUCAUACAGACAUGUACGUGAAUAGCAUCGGUCCAGUGAAUGCUAUCAAUAUGGAAUACACAAUUGACAUAUUUUUUGCUCAAACAUGGUAUGACAGACGUCUGAAAUUUAACAGCACCAUUAAAGUCCUCAGAUUGAAUAGCAACAUGGUAGGGAAAAUCUGGAUUCCAGACACUUUCUUCAGAAAUUCCAAAAAGGCUGAUGCACACUGGAUAACCACCCCUAAUAGGAUGCUGAGAAUUUGGAACGAUGGUCGAGUGCUCUACACCUUAAGGUUGACAAUUGAUGCAGAGUGCCAACUGCAGUUACACAAUUUUCCGAUGGAUGAACAUUCCUGCCCCUUGGAGUUCUCCAGCUAUGGCUAUCCACGUGAAGAAAUUGUCUACCAAUGGAAGCGUAGUUCUGUUGAAGUGGGUGACACAAGGUCUUGGAGGCUUUAUCAAUUUUCAUUUGUUGGACUGAGAAAUACCACGGAAGUAGUGAAGACGACUUCUGAGUAUAUGGUCAUGUCUGUCUACUUUGACCUGAGCAGAAGGAUGGGAUACUUCACGAUCCAGACCUACAUCCCCUGCACGCUCAUUGUUGUCCUAUCCUGGGUAUCUUUCUGGAUCAAUAAGGAUGCUGUUCCAGCCAGAACUUCUUUAGGUAUCACCACUGUCCUGACAAUGACCACCCUCAGCACUAUUGCCCGGAAGUCACUCCCCAAGGUCUCCUAUGUUACAGCAAUGGAUCUCUUUGUAUCUGUUUGCUUCAUCUUUGUCUUCUCUGCUUUGGUGGAAUACGGCACCCUGCAUUAUUUUGUCAGCAACCGGAAACCAAGCAAGGAUAAAGACAAAAAGAAGAAAAACCCUCUUCUUCGGAUGUUUUCCUUCAAGGCACCUACCAUUGAUAUCCGCCCAAGAUCAGCAACCAUUCAAAUGAACAAUGCCACUCACCUUCAAGAGAGAGAUGAAGAAUAUGGGUAUGAGUGUCUGGAUGGCAAGGACUGUGCCAGUUUCUUCUGCUGUUUUGAAGAUUGCCGAACAGGAGCUUGGAGACAUGGGAGGAUACAUAUUCGUAUCGCCAAAAUGGACUCAUAUGCACGGAUCUUCUUCCCCACUGCCUUCUGCUUAUUCAAUCUGGUUUAUUGGGUUUCCUACCUUUACCUGUGAAAGAGGUAUGGGUUUUAUUGAUGUGGGUCUUAUUCACUAAAUCUCAUGGAGAGAAGAUGUCCUUUCUAAGUCCACUUAAAGAAUCCCCUGUGUGGUUUAUGAUAAUUUGAAUUUGUUUCUAUGUUCUAACCUGCUAAACUGUAUUGAUGUCAUAUUGUUUGCGCCCAACUCUCCUGUGGUAAAUGUAAUUUGAACUUUAAUGUUUGCUGUGUUUCAAACCUAUAAGGCAAAGUGAAAUUAGAGCAAGAACACUGAAACCCAACAAGAUAUUUUUCAGCUACAAUGAUUGAAAUCAUGGAAACCAUGACUACUUACAGUGGUGGUGUCCUUAAUCAAUUCAAGAUACAAUUAGACGCAAAAGGUCCAAAACCGUACCCUGUGUUCAUUUGGGGGCAGGUUGUAGUAAAUUUGGUCCCAGUAGGCUAUCUCCCUCAUUUGAGAAAAAUCACAAGUCACUUUAAAUAUGAGUCUAGACUAGAAAUCUAUUACACCUCUAUCUCAAGAUAGGAAGAAAAUUUCCUCCACCUCACAUGUACAAUGAUGUAAAUAUUUCAGUAACGUAGACUGCUUCAAGUUUAAUGCAUGCAUCUCUUUAGAGCCAAAAUAAAUGGAAUGAAGUUAACAUCAUAAAGCAUUGUCUUUAUUCUGUGUCUUUGGGCUAUAAAAGAAUCAUGAAUGUAAUUAUAAGGGUUUGGGUUUGGAAUUGGAGGGAGGAAUUUUCUCUAUCUUCUCCCUCACGCAUGAAGAUUCGAAGAGCUUAUUUUUUUCCAUUAGGACAUAUUAAAACACUUUAAGUAAAAUAUAGACUGAACAAUUGACAUUUGCCACCUCUAAAUAUGCCCAAUUUCAUAGAAUAUAAUUGUAUGUGCUUGCAGCUAUUUUUUCUUCCUUUUAGGAUGACUGAUAGAUUAUAACAGAAUUUAUUCUCCAUCUCAAGAUCUGCUUCUAGUGAUUGUGAGUGCCUUGUGGGCAGAAUCCUUAUCAUUUCCUCUUUGGAUCCUCAGCACCUUAUAUAGUGCCUGGCACGUAGUUGGUGCUCAAUAGAUACGGUUUGAAGCGAACUGGCUUCAUAUGCUUCUGUGACUCUCUUUGAGCCAGCGAGAACCAGUGAUUCAUCUUUUCACAUAGGCAUUGUCAAAUGUUAUCUGGUCUUGUGAAAAUUAACAGAAGGAUCCAAAGAUCUUGGCCUAAAAUAAAUUUAUGAUAAUUAACAAAAGUAACCAAAGUCCAUACUUCUUUUAAAACAAUACUGAAGUCCUAUGUUUAUGCACAGAAAUGGGCCUACUAAGGCAUUAUUUAGGAUUUAUAUAUUUUUUUUCCAGGUUUCGAGAUGAGUUAGCUUUGGCCCAUCCACAAUUCCACUUGAAGACAUGAUAGGCAAGAGCAGGAUUCAUACCUGACUGGUGUUCAGAAUGUUGUAUUCUACACUCUGUUAAAAAAGUACUGAAGAUUAAUUUUUAAAAAUUGAAAGAAUAAACAACUUACAUGGAGGUUGAUCCU